AUGGGCGUCAAGGGAUUCGUUGAGGGCGGAAUCGCUUCCAUCAUCGCCGGCUGCUCGACCCACCCGCUGGAUCUAAUCAAGGUCCGAAUGCAGCUGCAGGGCGAGAGCUUGGCUGCUCCCAACCCUGUCCUCCGCCCAGCCUUCGCUUUCAACAACGGCGGUGCCAUUUCCGCCAUCCACGUGACGGCCGCUCCACGCCCGUCCGUGGGUCCCGUCGCCGUCGGGUUGAACAUCCUUCGCCAGGAAGGAGCUGCAGCGCUGUUCUCCGGCGUCUCCGCCACCGUCCUCCGGCAGACCCUCUACUCCACCACCCGAAUGGGCCUCUACGACGUGCUGAAGACCAAGUGGACCAACCCGGAGACGGGGAACAUGCCGCUGGUCAGGAAAAUCACGGCCGGGCUCAUCGCCGGCGGAAUCGGCGCCGCCGUCGGGAACCCCGCCGACGUGGCGAUGGUGAGGAUGCAGGCGGACGGGAGGCUCCCCGCCGCUGCGCGGCGGAACUACACGAGCGUGGUGGACGCGAUUGGGUCGAUGGCGAGGAAGGAAGGGGUGGGCAGCCUGUGGCGCGGGUCGUCGCUGACGGUGAACCGGGCGAUGAUCGUGACGGCGUCGCAGCUGGCGUCGUACGACCAGAUAAAGGAGUCGAUUCUAGAGAAGGGCGUGAUGGGGGACGGGCUGGGGACCCACGUGACGGCGAGCUUCGCGGCGGGGUUUGUGGCGUCGGUGGCGUCGAAUCCGGUGGAUGUGAUAAAGACGAGGGUUAUGAACAUGAGCGUGGAGGCGGGGAAGGCGGCGCCGUACAGCGGGGCAUUGGACUGCGCGAUUAAGACGGUGAGGGCGGAAGGACCUAUGGCUCUAUACAAGGGAUUCAUCCCUACGAUUUCGAGGCAGGGACCUUUCACUGUGGUGCUGUUUGUGACGCUUGAGCAGGUUAGGAAGCUGCUCAAGGAUUUCUAA